CAUCUCUAGCGAUUGAGUUGGCAAAAACAUGUAACUUUGAUGAUAUUAUGCUCAUUAAAAUUAAGUUGGGCAAUCAUGGCUGAAGAGACAAUAAUUCUCAUUUUAUUAGUGUUGGUUAUGCUUGUGGGGUCUUAUUUGGCAGGGAGCAUACCGAUGUUGAUGAAAUUAAGCGAGGAAAAGCUAAAAUGUGUCACUGUGCUGGGAGCUGGAUUGUUAGUGGGAACUGCUCUCGUUGUUAUUAUUCCGGAGGGCAUUCGAUCAUUGUAUGUGGGGUUUGGCCAAUCCCAAAAACGGACAUCGGUUCCGGAGCAACCAGAUUACUCACAGACCAUUGGACUUUCUCUUGUGCUUGGAUUUGUCUUCAUGAUGUUGGUGGAUAUCUCUCAGCGGAAGACUAAUUUUGGAAGUAAUAAAAAAAACAAUGCCACACUAACUCUUGGAUUGGUUGUGCAUGCUGCAGCUGAUGGAGUUGCAUUGGGAGCAGCUGCCACCACUAGCCAUCAAGAUGUUGAGAUAAUUGUAUUUUUAGCUAUAAUGCUUCAUAAGGCACCAGCAGCAUUCGGAUUAGUGACAUUCCUACUGCACGAAAAAGUAGACAGACAUCAAAUUCGCAGACACCUAGUCUUAUUUUCCCUGUCGGCUCCCCUUAUGACUAUUUUAACGUAUUUUGGAAUCGGACAGGAGCAGAAGGACACGUUAAAUUCCGUAAAUGCCACUGGUAUAGCUAUGCUAUUCUCCGCUGGAACAUUUUUGUACGUAGCAACUGUUCAUGUUUUACCAGAGCUUACCCAAGGGGGAUUAACGAAGAGCGAUCAGCAUGAUUAUUGUUUGCUAGAGGAAUCUCGAGGUGUUGCUACGAAUGAUUUGAAUGGAAGUAAUAGUAUUCAAGCAUUAAAAUAUAGUGAAUUGGUAAUUCUGAUUUGCGGCGCACUGCUUCCCCUAAUUAUAACAUUUGGACAUAAUCACCAGUAAUGCACACAUACAUUUUUCUUAAAUAAGAUGAAUUAAAAGUUAAGGGAUAUUAUGCAAUAUACAUACAGAUGUUGGAUUUAAUUUCUCGGAUAUAUAUUCACAUUAAGUGCUUUGCAAAAUGAUUUUUUAAUGAAUUGUCGCAUGAAAGUCAAAUUUGGCACCGACGUCAACUUUUGUCAGUUUUCUGUAAAGUUUAGUUACUUAAGAGGCCUUAUUAUACGAGAAUGUAAGUAAACUAAGCAAAUUUAGAAAAAUGUGUAUUUAUUUCCAUUAAUUUACGUUCUCAGAAUAGUUAUAAAAAGUAAGAGACGGCUUAUAGGCAACUAGGCAACGUCACAAUUGGUUCACUGGAUAACGACUUCUUUUACGGCCUUAGAAUACGAGCUUAGAUUACGGAUUUCUAUAACUAUUAAUGACAUGACUUUCUACAUUUCUCGAUACAUUUCGGCGGCUUUUAUACUUUAAUUCUGCUCAACUUCUUUGCGGAAUCUUUUUCUCGCGCUCUUUUUUUCCGCUGUCUCUCGACCGACUUCAAACUGCUUGUCUCUCUGUCUCAAAAUCCAUCUCAAUUCUUGUUCGUAGUUAGCUUUUCUAGUCAACACCUUGGAACCAAACUCGAAUGGUUCUUUUUGUGUGGUCCUGCAGAAACAAAAUCCAUGGAGCAACCUUGCGUGAAACAUCCUUCUUCCUUACAGUGUGUGUAAACGCUGCUCAAUCAGUUACUAAUACAAAGUUUAGCAAGUUUGUAAUGGCCGAGCUAUGCGUGCGUAUCCUCUUAUAAACCUGCGAUAAAAGCCAGUCAACCCUAAAACGACUUUAAUGCUUUAAUAUUCUUCGGGAUAGGAAAAUGUUUUACCGCUCGAGUCUAUUUAGAUGCAGGUCAAAUCCUACCGUUUUAAACUGCAUUACCGAGGAAAUCUUUUUUUUCCCAGAAUACGGAUUUUUUCAUUUUAUAAUCAAUCAAAGACAAGCGGCUACCUCCAGGACUAUUUAAAGCUUUUCCAAGAUUAGAUUAUAUUAAUAUCUACCGACAUGUCGUAUAUGAUAAUGUCAUCGAUAUAAAUAUGUAUCAUAUCUCAGCCAACAAGAUCUUGGAAAACGGCGUUUGUAAAUCAUAUAAACGUAGCUGGCGAGUUAGUGAACUCCAACAGGACUCCCUUCGCUAUAAAUGCUGUGUAUUAUCGGAACUUCUCUUCUACCAGAACGUGAAAUCCACGACAAAUAGCUUUGCUGCCUGCAGUUUUUCGAUAAUAUCAUCAAUAUCAAUAUAAUAUCACCGAUAUCAUAUACCGAAUAUCAUAUACCGCUAUAUCAGCGGUACGGUUAAGCAAUUUUUUAAAACCAAGGCGUUAAGUUAAUCCAUUUUUUUUUUGACUAUUUUUUGACGACCAUUCCGAAACCUGAUCUCGAUUCGCUUCGCUUUCAACCAUAGAGUAUAGAAAUGUUAUCCUUUUUUUAUUUACAUUCUUGGGCAAAUUCACCACUUUUAGGCUGUUCAUAAGAAAUGAUCAAUAUUUUCUAAAAAGUGAGUUUGGUUAAGUUAAUUCGUAUAUUUUAAAGGGCAAUAAAUUAAAAAAAAAUAAAAAAAUUUUAUUUUAGUGGGUAGAGGACACCACUGCUCCCAGGAGAAAAGAAUGUUAAUUUUUAAGCUUAGAAAGGAAGGAAAAACAUAUAAGGACAUUAAAAAAACCCUUGAAUGUUCUGCCAAAAUGGUAUCCAAUGCCAUUAAAUAUGAAUGGAAGCCCGAAAACCGUGCUACCAUACGUAAAACCACAGAUAUAGAGGAUCGGCGCAUAGUUUGUUACAGCAAAGUCUAUCCUUUUGCAUCCUUUGGGGACAUAAAGUCUGAGCUGAACUUGGGAAUAAGCGACGUUACUAUUCAGAGAUGACUACUGAAUCAAAAUUUAAGUGAGAGGAGUCCACAAAAGGAUCCCCUACUUAGCCCUAGGCAUAUUAAGGCAAGGUUAAGCUUCCCUAAAACCUACCUAAUCUGGCCAGUCUCCAAAUGGCGUAAUAUCCUUUGGAUUGAUGGGUCAAAAAUAGUUCUAUUUGGUGGAACUGGUUCACUACAGUAUAUCUGAUGACCUCCAAACACGGAGUACCACCCAAAACACCCACUGAUGACUUUCAAUCAUGGUGGACCUAAAAUCCUGGUAUGGGCUUGUUUUUUCUACAAUGGUAUGAGUCCAUACCAUAUGAUUUAUGGUAUUAUAGACCAAAACGCAUAUGCAAAUAUACUUAGUGAUUUCUUACUGUCAUAUUCUGAAUAUAAUAUGCCCUUAAAAUAGACAUUCCAACAGGAUAAUGAUACGAAACGCAGAAGCUCAUCGGCUAAGAAUAGGUUCACCCGAAAUAGAAUAGAUGUAAUGCAGUGGCCAGCAUCAUCUUCCGAUUUAAACCCGAUUGAAAACCUGUAAGGGGACAUUAAACAAUAUGUGUCGAAAAACUCCCCGACGUCUAAGGCUCAGAUUUGGCAAGUUGUGCAGGAUGCAUAGUCUCCAUGGACUCCAUGUCACGUGGGUGUAAGGCUGUGCUGGCUAACAAAGGCUAUCCAACCAAGUAUUAGGCCCUAAUUAACACAUUAAAAA